AUGGUUCACUUCAGCAUCCACCAGAUCACCGCUUCUCUUUCCCCAAAGAACCUCCGUCUACGAAAGAGAAAGUCUUCCAAUGCUUCCACAACCGUCUCUGACAUUGCUUGCUCCCCAUCCAACCUUUCCAUCGCUUCCUCUACCAUCUAUCGUCGUCGAAACUCCAUCGAAUCGAUCACUUCCACUUCCACCGCUGCCUCCAGCGCCUUCCUCGAUGCCUGUGACGAUCUCGGCCUUACCAGCCCCUACUAUCUCCCUGCCAAAUGUCUUAGCCCACCAUCAUCAAGGAAGCAGUUGCCGACCCCACAGAGAAAGCUCACCAAUGCAUCGAUAGCUUCCACCCUCAGCACCAGCGGACUCAUGAUUGAUCUAUGCGGUUUCCACCACGUUGAUUCCGCUGAGGAGAACUUCAGCCCUGAAUUGGCAGUAUUGGAACCAAGACCAGAUGCUCUCAGAUUCUGCGGCUUUGAGGAGACACUAGAACAGCGAUCGAUGCUUCCAUUCCGAUUGUAG